UUUCUAUCUUCCGAAAAAAAUCUCUAGCACGUAGAUAGCUUUUGUGUUUUCCUGUCACGAAAUCGUUUGGUUUGGAGUGCAAAAGGGGAGAGAGAGAUCAGAAUUCGCAUUUAGCUAAUUCGCGGUUCGUGGGUUUUUGGAAUGGCGGGUGUGUGUUUCGGGGGAGAGACGGAGACGUCGGCGCCGGUGGAGCCGAGCAGCAAGGCGGCGAGGCGACGGCGCAUGGAGAUUCACCAGUUCAAGUUCCUGGGCGCGGAUAUGGCGCCGGAGGGCGACAGGAAGCGGCAGAGGCUGGAGAUUGUUUUUCCGGCGAAGGAGGAGCACUGUGCGGACGGGGUAGAAGGUCGUAUGGUUAGUUACAAGGGGAAGAUGGUGGAGACGGGAGAUUCGGAGGCGAAGGAUGCGAGUCAGUGCGAAACGUCGUCGUCUGCUGUGAAAAUCGGGGCUGAGGUGGUUGGGGAGUCUCCUAACUUCGGGAUGACGUCCGUGUGUGGAAGGAGGAGAGAUAUGGAGGAUGCGGUUGCAAUUCACCCGUCGUUUAGCCGGCGGAGUGGUCGGGAUGCGGCCGAUCUUCAUUUCUUCGGCGUUUACGACGGCCACGGUUGCUCUCAUGUGGCGAUGAAGUGCAAAGAUCGAAUGCACGAGAUAGUGAAAGAUGAGGUGGAAGUAGGUGAGGAGGGAGAAGGCGCGUGGAAGGAAAUGAUGGCGCGUAGCUUUUCGCGCAUGGACAAGGAGGUGACGGAGUGGAGCAACGGCGGCGCCGUCGGCGUCUCGAGUUCCGUUUGCAGGUGCGAACUCCAGACUCCGCAGUGCGACGCCGUCGGAUCUACCGCCGUCGUCGCCGUCGUGACGCCGGAUAAGAUCGUCGUCUCCAACUGCGGUGACUCGCGCGCCGUGCUUUGCCGCAACGGCGUCGCCAUUCCACUCUCCCUCGAUCAUAAGCCUGAUAGGCCCGACGAGCUCAAUCGAAUUCAAACCGCCGGUGGUCGAGUGAUAUACUGGGACGGAGCAAGGGUACUCGGAGUCUUAGCAAUGUCUAGAGCAAUUGGUGACAAUUACUUGAAGCCGUUCGUGAUACCUGAACCGGAAGUAACCGUAACGGAUCGGACGGCGGAGGACGAGUGCCUUAUCCUGGCGAGCGACGGGCUGUGGGACGUGGUGUCGAACGAGGUCGCUUGCGGCGUCGCCCGGAUGUGCUUGCAGGCGCAGAAGCCGCCGUCGCCGCCCCAGUCGCCGGGGAGCGAGGUGAAUCUGGCCUCCGUCUCCGGGGUGAGCUCCGACAAGGCUUGUUCCGACGCGUCCGUUUUGCUGACUAAGUUGGCCUUGGCCAGGCACAGCACGGACAACGUGAGCGUCGUCGUCGUCGAUUUAAAAAGAGGCCUAUAGCUAAUCGUAAAGUCCGGUUGUCUGAUAGUAGUAUUUCUGAUUACUUCUUUCGUUAUUAUUUGGCAAGGGUAUGGAUCUCUCUGUUGAGACCUUGUAUCCUUCAAGAAGAGAAGGAUUGGAAGAACAUAUAUAAUUUCUUUCAGGUGAUUUUAGCUAGCGUGUGUUCUAAUGGAGAAUUGAAUUGAACCUUCUUUUUUUGCCAAA